UUAUAUUUAUUAAAUUCAUAUUUAUCUCGAAUAUUUUAAAAUUCAUUUUUUUAUAUUUUUUAUAACUUUUAAUCGCGUUCUAAUCACUUUUCAUGCAGUAUUCAUAGAAUAAAUGUAUCCACUGCAGGCAUUACCAAAUAUGGAGUUUGCUCGUUUUCCCAACCGUCCUCCCUUCGAUCCUUAGUAGCUCUCAGUUUUUAUUUUCUAUUAAUUAAUUGUGUUACAUUCAAAUGUUUUCAUUGCAUUUUCUAGUGUUACAAUUUUAAUUUCCUUCUUUUAAACAAACAUGUCUUUUAGGGUGGUCCGCAGUUCGAAGUUCCGUCACGUAUAUGGCCAGGCGUUGAAACGCGAACAAUGUUAUGAUAACAUAAGAGUAUCAAAAAGUUCAUGGGACUCAACGUUUUGUGCGGUUAACCCUAAGUUCUUAGCCAUAAUCGUCGAGUCAGCCGGCGGAGGUGCCUUCAUAGUACUGCCUCAUAACAAGGUUGGCCGCAUACCUGCAGACCAUCCCCUGGUAGGAGGACACAAGGGACCGGUCCUGGACAUCGCCUGGUGUCCGCACAACGACAACGUCAUAGCGAGCGGCUCCGAGGACUGCGUCGUCAAAGUAUGGCAGAUCCCGGACGGAGGACUAUCCCGGACGCUGACAGAGCCUGUGGUGGACCUAGUCUACCAUCAGCGAAGAGUUGGGCUAGUACUCUGGCAUCCAACAGCGCAGAAUGUACUCCUAACUGCUGGGUCUGAUAACCAGAUAGCGAUAUGGAACGUGGGCACGGGAGAGGUUCUGAUCACCUUGGACUGCCACCCGGACCUUAUUUACUCCGCUUGCUGGAACUGGACCGGCUCCAAACUCCUCACCACCUGCAGGGACAAGAAGAUCAGGAUAAUCGACCCUCGUAAAGGCGAGGUAGAGUCCGAAGCGAUAGCCCACGAGGGCAGUAAAGCUUCUCGGGCCAUCUUCCUCAAGCAUGGACUGGUUUUCACAACCGGUUUCAGCCGCAUGUCGGAGCGGCAGUACUCGCUGCGUACGCCGGACGCGCUGGCCGAGCCCAUCGUCACGGUGGAGAUCGACACCAGCAACGGCGUCAUGUUCCCGCUCUACGACCCCGACACCAACCUCGUCUACCUCUGCGGGAAGGGGGACUCCGUCAUCAGAUACUUCGAGGUGACGCCGGAGCCUCCCUUCGUGCACUACAUCAACACCUUCCAAACUCCGGACCCUCAGAGAGGUAUAGGCAUGAUGCCGAAGCGCGGGUGUGACGUGGCCACCUGCGAGAUCGCCAAGUUCUACCGGCUCAACAACUCCGGACUGUGCCAGGUGGUCUCCAUGACGGUGCCCCGCAAGUCGGAGCUGUUCCAGGAGGAUCUGUACCCGGACACGCUGAGCGAUGAGGCCAGCCUCACGGCGGACGAGUGGCUGCAGGGCGAGGACGCGGAGCCCUGUACCAUGUCGCUGAAGGAGCGCGCUUUGGUUGUGCAGGGCGGCUACGUGUCCGGUCGAGCUGCCACUCAGCUGCACGUCACCAAGAAGAACGCACUAGCCACCACCAAGGACAGAGACAAGGACCGCUCGCCGACACCCGCCGCCAAGCUUGACCGACACGCCGACAGCCACUCAGGCACGCCCGCCUCCGCCACGCCUCCGCCGGCGGUCAGCGCGGCCGUGGAGAAGCAGUUGUCAGAUUUGGUUGACGAGAUCCGAAAACUGAAAUCGGUAAUAGUAAAACAAGAGAACAGAAUUCGCGCCCUCGAGGCGGUGAUGAAGGCGUCUCCCCUCCCGCAACCCGCCUCGCCCCCGCCCUGCGCCGCGCCCCUCGUCCCCGACGCCACCAACCACGAAACCGACGGUAUGGCACCGGACGAGGUAUAGACUAUAAUGUCAUCGAGAUAUGCGAGAUUUUAGUAGGUCGCUCUGAAUUUGGUUAACCAAACAACUCAUCCGAAAAACAGUUACCAUGACGCAACAGUAGAUUUUAAAAAGUUGAUCGUCAAAUAUAAACGAACGUUUUGUUAUCGAACAAAAAGUAAUCACUGGUGGUCGGUCGCCACCGGACAAUGUUAAUAUGCAGCUCUCAAAUUCAUUUACACUUAACUACAAAUUGAACUGUAUUCAUGAGUACUUUACGCCCGUAGCCUGUUGGCAUUAGGAAUUAUAAAUGUUAUUGACACUGGCAAUAUAUGACUUUGUUGUUAAUAUAUGACUGUGACCAAUUUCAGACGUCCUACUAAGAACUUUGGAACGAACCUUUAGAGUUUUAUGCGAACUUUUCUAACGAACAAAGCUCUAAAGGGACAUGAACCAAGAACACUUGUGUAGGUAAUCAAUUAACGAACCCCUAUGACUUCUCAAAACCAAAUGAAUUGUGUUCGUUCCUGUCUAAAUGUGCGGCCAAUUGAUCCUUGUCUAGGACACUUGUCACUUUGGCUGAAGGAUACUAUGCGUUUUAUUAAUUCUAUCUGAUGCUAUUAGAUAAUCUUUAAAGAUAGUGACGUCAAUUUAUUCUUAACUCAAGCCUGACUCACGAUGGACAGAUAGGAUGUAAUAUCGAUCGAAAAACGAAUUGAGUUUUCAAUAGUAGAGUCGCAGGGAUUUUUACAAUAUGUGACUUGAAGCUUACACCUGUUUCGUUAUGUGUCUAGUCUACUUAAUUGUACACCAUCGAAUACUCAAUUAUUCUAAACCGAAAAAUAAAAUUUCGAAAUUUUACCCGGACAAUGUGCUGGCGGUUUUUUUCUUUCUAAUUUUCACAUAACUUUAGUGAUCCAAAUUUUUCCUAUAAACUUUUGGCUUAUUUUUAAAUAAAUAAUCACAUCUAGCCAAACACUAAUCCCGACGUAUGACGUCAUAUGUCAGUAAACAUUGUGCUGUUUAUCUAUGGUUAGGUGGUAGUUUAUUUUAGCCUCAAACUAAGUCAUAUCACGGUGAUGAUUUGGAAACAUAACAGAUAUCCGGCUCCCUAUUGUUUUGUAAUUAAUUCGUCAUCGAUUCUAAAUCGAUUAUGAACGAAUAUUAAUAUCAAUAUUAUCGAUUCUCGAUUGAAAACUCGAAACGUUGUGUUUGAUAUCAUUUUUGAAUCUUUAUUAAAGUUACAUGAUUUCAACGAACAAAGAUGCUUGUUUUUUUUUUUUAAUAUUAUUUAAGCGUUUUGACCGUUUCGCGAGUGGCGCUUGAAACAUGUAGUGAAUGUUUGAGUUUACUUGUAUGCGUGCGUCUUAGACAAAAUGGCUGUUGACAUGUCAACAUUAGAGUCCGUAAGUUACAGGCCGAAACGUCGAAAAAAAUAUAAUGCACAGAUCGAUAUAUGCUUUGUAUUAUUUUCAAGAAGCCAACUUUGAUUUCAUUUUCGUUCACUCUUUUUUUCGCUCAUUAGUUCGUUCUCGCUGGUGUAACUCGUUUUUGAAAUGUGCCAUGCGAUUUUUAUACUUACCGCAGAGAAAA